CUUCUGUGCAUUCAACGCUAGCUCCACAAUGAGAUCUAGCCAAGAGUGAAAUCUGGGUCUCCAUCGAGAGCUUUGGAGCUUGGCAGUAGCCACUCAAUCAACAAUCAUCCAUCUAACACCGGUGAAUUGGGCUUACGAUAUUGGUUCUGCUUAGCGCCAAGUAGACAUGCCCCGCCCACGAGCAGAUCACUGGGAAGCUGUUUUGAUCAUUGUCCCAACCGUCUGCACAGGUCUUGCGACAGCUUGUUUCCUUCUUCGUCUUUACUCUCGCUGCUUAGCAACUCAUAAAUUACGGAUUGAGGAUGCACUGAUGGGAGCCGGUCUCCUUUGCACUUGGGGAGCCGCGAUCAGCAUUGUAUAUUCCGCAGUGCAUGGCGUCGGAACCGGAGGGUCGAUUUGGGCCCUUCCUCGCGAGCAAAGGCUACGCAUUACACUGGCCAACUGGAUCCUCCAGAAAUUUUGGCCGAUAGCACAAGUCUUUGUGAAAAUUUCAAUCUUGAUAUUCCUCCGAAGAGUAGUAGGCGUGGUGGACUGGGUGAGACGUUGCGCAACCGCUCUAAUAAUCUUCGUCGUUGCUUGGGGAAUUACAGCCCUAAUUGCGAACACGUUUCAAUGUUGGCCUGUCCAGUAUUUCUGGAUAAAAAGCAUUGAAGGAUCUUGCAUGUCUGGACAGACUACAUUUUACACAAUUAUCGGAGUAUUCUCGGUGAUAGAGGAUGUCCUCAUUCUAUGUUUGCCUCUUCCAGUGGUGUGGAGGCUUCAAAUGCGCCUGCGCGAAAAGAUUGAACUCACAGUCCUUUUCUUGAUCGGCUGCCUAGUUUGCAUAUUCAGCAUUCUGCGUCUGCUUCAAUUAAAAAAUUAUCUGACGGAUAACCUGACAUACAGCAGUAGUAUGUCAUUAAUCUGGGCAAUCUUGGAAUUAGACAUGGCAAUAAUAUGCGGCUCUUUGCUACUGGUCAAACCUCUCUUCCGUUGCUGUAUGGGACGAGUGCGGAGAGGCCUUAAUCGACUUAACAGCUGCUCCCACUCAUUCGACUCUGACCGGGUUGCUAAAUCGUCUCAUCGUGGAUCAGGAGGGACGAACGGUUUCGAAGGUUGGAAUGCUGAGAUGUUGACCAUACCAACAGCGGCAAGA